AUGCUGUCGCUCCUCAGCCGCCCACGGCCCGGAGCGAAGGUCUCGCGAGGCUUGGGCGCUGCGGCGGUAGGAGGAGGACGGGGAAGGACGGAGCCCUGCCACGGCUGCCUCCCUCGCUCUCUCCCUCGCGCACUCGCCCGCCCCCUCCCUCCCUCCCCUCCCUUCCCCGGCCCCGGCUCCGGCCCCGGCCCAUUCGCUGUUCCGUCUUCUGCAGGGAGGAUGUCGGGCUCGUCGCUCCCCAGUGCCCUGGCCCUCUCGCUGUUGCUGGUUUCUGGCUCCCUUCUCCCAGGGCCAGGCGCCGCUCAGAACGAACCAAGGAUUGUCACCAGUGAAGAAGUCAUUAUUCGAGAAAGCUCUCCGCCCUCUGUUACCCUGCAGUGUAACCUCACCUCCAACUCUCACACCCUUACAUACAGCUACUGGACAAAGAAUGGGGUAGAACUGACUGCCACUCGUAAGAAUGCCAGCAACAUGGAAUACAGGAUCAAUAAGCCGAGAGCUGAGGAUUCAGGCGAAUACCACUGUGUAUAUCAGUUUCUCAGUGCUCCUAAAGCAAAUGCCACCAUUGAAGUAAAAGCUGCUCCUGACAUCACUGGCCACAAACGGAGUGAGAACAAGAAUGAAGGGCAGGAUGCCAUGAUGUACUGCAAGUCAGUUGGCUACCCCCACCCAGAGUGGACAUGGCACAAGAAGGAGAAUGGUAUGCUCGUGGAUAUUGUCAAUACCUCUGGCCGCUUCAUCAUCAUCAAGAGGGAAAAUUACACUGAGCUGAGCAUCACGAACCUGCAGAUCACAGAAGACCCUGGCGAGUAUGAAUGUAAUGCUACCAACUCCAUUGGCUCUUCCUCCAUGGUCACCAUCCUCAGGGUACGGAGCCACCUGGCCCCACUCUGGCCUUUCUUGGGAAUUCUGGCAGAAAUCAUCAUACUUGUGGUGAUCAUUGUUGUAUAUGAAAAGAGGAAGAGGCCAGAUGAAGUUCCUGACGACGAUGAACCAGCUGGGCCAAUGAAAACCAACUCUACCAACAAUCACAAAGAUAAAAACUUGCGCCAGAGAAACACAAAUUAAAUACUACUUAUAAUAUCUUUAGGUUCCUGAAACUGGUGGCAACAUGACCUGCUAAAUUUUCUGCUUGGACCUCUUUGGUUCUUUCCCCUUUCAAGUGAGCAGCACCAUGAUGACUGUCUAAAGCAUGCCUUAUUUAGCCUCUCCUGUAAGGGUGAUCUAGCCAGGUACAUUUUAAACAAUGCUUCAGUGUAGAAGGUGUAAACUAUUUUGGGCUUGAUGUGCUGUGAAUGUUGCUUUUAUUUUUUAUUUUUUGUUAAAAUAUUUAAAUAGAAGUGAAAAGGUGAUCUCUGAGGGUCAGAUCAUGCAUGCGCCGUUUUUUACUUAAUGCAGCUGUUAAAUUGGCAAAGCUCUAAAAUGCACUGCUGCCAUCUAGUGAUACAUUUUUGUAAAGUACAGCAAAACAUACAGAUAUAUACAGUAUAUAAAUAUAUAUAUAUAUAUUUAUAUUUUUUGGGGUGGGAGAAAUCCAAAAUAAAUGCUUGUUUCAUUUUUAAGCUGCUGAUACUCAUUCCUUAUUGUAUGUUGUCAGAUGAGGAAAUUGUUCAGUUCUGGUACAUAAAGAUGAGUAAUAUAAACUGAAAUCUAUAAUUUUAAGGGCUUAACCUAUGACUUUGAUGAGAAGCUGGAACAAUUCACUGAAUGGAUAUAAUGAAUUACAGUAUAUAUGUAUGAUUGCUUUUAAAGUGAUUAUUUUUUCUUUUGUUAAAUCAUGUAAAUUCCUAAAUCCUUUUGCACUGAUGUGUUAAAACCUAAUUGUACAUUCAGUUAAGGCAAACUUUUAUAAUUUACCUUUUGUUUUCAAUGAUCUUGAAAUGUUACAGCAUGGUAUUCUAUGCAACUAGUUAUUCUUUGAGGUUGACACUGUAUUUUUUCAUUGAUUCGGGUGUAGAUUUUCACGCCCAGCAGGGUUCCCACGCGGUGCGUAAUUGGUAGAUGCAUGUACUUGUGUUUUGUGUAAUUGCUGAAGUGCAAUGAUGUAAAAAAAAAAAAGUGGAUUCACCUGUUUUUAAAAAUAAAACUGAUAAAAGGUGUUGGAAUAA